GAGAGAAUCUUCUUGGGUGAACAGAUAGGAACCUUCUGUAAUGAGGAAGAGUGUUGGUCCUUUUUUGCCUCCCCCUUUCCUAGCCUGUCAGCAUGAUGCAAAUGACCGAUAUAGGUGUAUACGUUGUCUGUGUCUGGUGACAGACUGAUAGUGGGAACAGCUGGUCGGAGAGUUUUGGUAUGGGACUUACGAAACAUGGGCUGUGUUCAACAGAGAAGAGAAUCAAGUCUUAAAUAUCAAACUCGUUGCAUCAGAGCAUUCCCUAACAAACAGGGUUAUGUGUUAAGCUCUAUCCAUGGUUUUGUUGCUGUUGAGUAUUUGGAUCCAAGUUUGGAGGUACAGAAGAAGAAAUACACUUUCAGAUGUCACAGAUUGAAGAAUACAGUUGAACAGAUUUAUCCAGUCAAUGCCGUCUCUUUCCACAAUGUUCAGAACACAUUUGCUACAGGUGGUUCUGAUGGCUUCAUCAAUAUUUGGGAUCCAUUCAAGAAAAAGAGACUCUAUUGGUUCCAUCGCUAUCCUACCAGCAUAGCAUCUCUAGCCUUCAGUAAUGAUGGAACCACCCUUGCAAUUGCAUCAUCUUAUAUGUAUGAAAUGGGUGACAUUGAACAUUCUGAAGAUGGUAUCUAUAUUCCGCAAGUGACAGAUGCCAAAACAAAACCCAAGCAGGAUGGCUCGCCUACCGUUGGUAAACCUCCUGCCUCCUGUCGCUCCCGAGUCUCCACCACAGCUCUCUCCUGUCUCUCCCGUCUCCACUCCUCGUUGCUUCCCCGCCGCAUCCAGUGGCUCCUUCUCCUCAUCGAGACCGAAAACGCCUCAUCUUCUUUCUCGGGUUCCUGUUCUUCUGGAGCGGCCGAUGGAGGGUGUGCCGUGUCGCGUUGAUAGUAUUACGGCCUCUCCCUCCCCUUCCGCAGCGGACGAAGCUGCCGAGGACGAGGCGGGCAGCGCGGACAGCGCUGCUGUACCUGGGCCGCUCCACACCCACAGCCAGCCGACUCCUCCGCACAAACAGGAGAUAUCCCGAGGCCGCCAGAGCAACCAAGCAACCAAGCAACCAAGCAGCGGAGGCUAGAGGGCCGCAGCGGGAAACGCAGGUCAUAGCAGCAGUGGAAAAGCGGCAGUGGAUUGCUGCCGGAAGGUACGGGCUAGGAAGGCACAGUAUCAUGCUGGAUUGGACUCUCACUCAAGGGGCAUGAAACCACUUUCCAUCAAAACACACUACUCCAGAUCACCUCCAGGCUCUCAUCCUGGAAGUGGCCCAGAGAAAAACAAGAAACGCCCCCAGAAGAAAACAAUCAACACCACACAUAAAACCCUGCCCUGCAAAAUUAAUUAAAAGGGGGUGAGCCCAAGCCCUCAUCACACCCCAAAGAGGCAACCGCCUUCAGGGUCUACUUAACUUCUGACAAAAAGCUUCAGUGAUUUUCUCUUUCAAAGAUUUGUCCACCGGCUCCCUGCAAGACAAGCUUAAAGCAAAACUUGGAUUAAAUGAAGAUACAUUUCCAGUAAUGAUUUCACUGAAAGUAGUGUUUUGUGUAAUCUUUAUACUCUAUUUCAUUCUUUUCUUUUUAGUUUAUCCAUGAAACAGUGCAGGAAAAGGAAGAAGGGGAAGCUGCUACCUGCACCUAUGCCAAAUACUGGUACAAAAAAAAAAAGGCAAAAAAAUUAUGUGUGCCUAAAGGUGGGAGUGCAUUGCAAACCAGGAUGCCUGUCAUGUGAGCAGCCGCAGCUAGCACAAAACUCCCCCAAUUUUCCAGGCUUGGAAUAUUUCUGGAAUCAUUUAUCACAGAAAUGAAUGCUAAAUGUCCACUAUAUUUCACUAGCUUUCCGGAACUAGCUUUUACAUCAUGUGAAAGAUCAAAUAAAAUGCAAAAAUUACGAGGUAAGAAAUUGUUGAAAAAACAGAAUAAAGUGCAUUGUGAAAGCA